CCUCAAUUCAAGAUAGUGGUGGUGCCAUCUGAGUGCGUUGAUGAAUAUAGAUAAGAGGUGAAGUGGUUGCAUUGCAUUUACUGCCUGCAGGCACGUGCAGGUGUCUGCAGCAAGCCAGCCGCUAACCCCCUGCAUAUGGUAUGUCCACUUCUAUAGCAUCAUGGAUCCGGUGUAAUCCAUCCUAUCCCAAUCCAGUUUGAUCUCCGGAGUGCUUUCUAUACUACUCUAAAUCCCAAAAUGGAUCCCAACGCGCUCUACAUUGCGCUCUUCAUUCGUGAUGAUCCUCCUAAGCCCAACGACUACCACUGGGCGCUCUACUACCACCGCAUCAACAGCGGCAUCAAGUACCAUAUCACCAACGAAGGCAACGGUUGGAUUCCCGGACAUGGCCCCGAAUCAGGGACCGGCAUCCUCAAGGCCUUCCUCCUUGUGGGUCUGAUUCAGAUUGCAACCAUACCGUCCACUACCUCAGCGCAGGGGACUUUAGACCGUGUCUGCCGAAACUACGACGGACAUCUGAACGACAGCGAAAACAGAACAUGCCGGACGUGGCUACUGGAUGUGUUAAGGGAUCUACAGGAGCAGAUGGGUGUGCUACAUGGAGUUGACAUCAAAUCACUAGAGAAAGAAGCGAUGGACUGGGGCAAUAAGUACGCGUUUGAGGCUUGUCGAAAUGUUCAACCAAGACCAGUGGAGAAGAGCAUGUACAUGAUCGUCGAUCCCCAAUCCGCCACCCUCACCAACAUAGAGGUCCUGGCCUAUUUAACGGCCAACCCACCACGGCGACCACCGAACCCGCCGCCGAACUCCAGAAACUGGGUUCCCAGUCCGGAUCUACGAGACCACAAUACCGUUGUUAAGGAGAUUCACAACUACGUCACCCGACUCUCCCCCCAUCUCCUCAACUACCCCAAAUACACGCACCUCACCCCCGCCCAAAUACAAGCUCAGGCACAGUCCACCACAACAACAGCCAUUCCACCAUCCCAGAUCAACGCCCCCACGCCGCUCGACCAUGCGCUUCGGGAGCUCGUCACCAGGUUACAGCCCUACGGGCUCACCAAGGCUGAGGUGCUGAUGAUCGUGAAUCUGGGGGUGGGGUUACAUGCACCCGCGACGGAAGGAGAGGAUGGUGAAGAGGCGGGUGAAGGAGAAUGGGAAGAACAAGAAGAAUAUGAUGAGAAUGCGGAACAGCAAGUCAAUGGUGGAGAGGAUACGAAUGGGAUGAUGGAGGUGGAUGGGGCCGAGGAAGCACAGGGAGGGGAAGGGGAAAUACCAGAAGAAGAUUACGGGGCGUUGGCGCUGUUGGAUACGGUUAUUGAGGAGCGCGAGGAGAGAUUGAGUAAUGACGAUGUGAAUAAUGUUUUGGCGAUUAUUCGGGAGACGUUGGGGUCGGGGAUGAAGGGACCGGAGGGGGAGGGGAUGGAUGAGGAGGUAUAGAUUUUUCUUUGGUGCGGACGGUACUACUACUAUAUAUACCAUGAUACUAUGGCUACUGACUACUGACUACUAAACGUGGUAGUUCUUUUAUGUGGAUUAUUACGUUGCAUGUGAUAGUACUAACGAAUUGUAGCAUAUUCUAUCUAU